AUGUUUUGCAGGUCCAUGAACGACAGUUCAGAGGACGACUUUGCUGGACUUAAAUCUCCCAAUGGCUUUCCUGGCAUAAGGAUUCUUUUUGCAAACAAAUCGUCACUCAAGCUGGACUCGUACUUGUUGCCGAACUUCAGCAACAGUCGUCUUCUGAACGAGUCUGGUAAGUCUGCUAUGAACUCGGCUGUUGUUUGUCCAUCCAAGUUGAUCUUGAAUCUGUGUUCAGCGUUGUCUUCCAAGGUCACCUGCUGA